AUGCUGAUUUGUGGGCUUGCCCUUGCCGUAGCAUCGUCUGCACUGUGCCUCAGUUAUCACAACAAAAUAGGCAUCAGUGGCUCGGAAUUGGGUAAGGAAUCCGCUAAAACGCGAAAUGUAUCUGCCCUAGUAUCGUCUAAAGCAUUCGUCAACCCUUUGAUUAGACAGAAGGAAUCAUUCACGCACUUAGAUGAUCGAUUCUCCCAUUACUCCUCAACUUCCAAGCGCCACCAACAGCUUGGUGCUUACGUAGAAGAUCUUACUGCGUUGGAGGCACCUUUGCAUAGGUACAGGAAUAUUGGGAUUAUUGCUCACAUAGACGCGGGAAAGACAACGACUACAGAACGCGUACUCUACCUUACAGGUGUUAGCUUCAAGAUAGGAGAAGUUCAUGAUGGAGAAGCUAUCAUGGACUACAUGCCUCAAGAGCGUGAGAGGGGGAUUACCAUCACGGCAGCGGCCACCACAUGUUUCUGGAAGGGUGGUUAUCGAAAGGUGCCACAACAUCGCAUCAAUAUUAUAGACACGCCGGGGCACGUGGAUUUUACAGUAGAGGUCGAACGUUCGUUAAGGGUAUUGGACGGAGCCGCCGCAGUUUUUGAUGGAGUAGCCGGUGUUGAACCACAGUCAGAGACAGUAUGGCGCCAGGCAAACAACUAUUCUAUACCUCGUAUCGCAUAUGUAAAUAAGAUGGACCGACCUGGCGCUAGCUUUGAAAAAUGUAUAGAAGAGAUGGAACAAAAAUUGGGAACAACACCUGUACCAGUGUUCAUUCCAGUCGGUGCCGCAAGCACUUUCCAGGGAGUUAUAGAUGUGAUACAAAAAAAGUUCUACAAGUUUGAUAAAGAAAAGGAUAGCUUUGAUUACACCGAGGCACCGGUUCCGGAAAACAUGCAAGAUGAACUGCAGCAUUAUAGAGUGCAUAUGCUGGAAAACGCGGCACAAGCGUCAGAAGAACUAUUAGAGCAGUAUCUCGCAAAUGGUGAUCUUUCAGACGACCAGAUACGUACGGGUCUGCGCAUCAUGACGCUGGCCAACAGAAUCGCACCGGUCACUGCAGGGAGCUCUCUGAAAAACAAAAACGUACAAGGAUUCCUAGACAUGGUAGUGGACUACCUACCCUCGCCCUGCGAGGCUAACAAAAUGUCUGUACAUACGAAGGAAGAUGAGUCUGACGACACCUCACCCUCGGAAUCAAAGCCUAGUGUCCGUAAAUUCAACGAAACACAGCUAACAUUCGACACUAUGAAUUUCGACCUACCGCUCGCCGCGCUGGUUUUCAAAAUAUCCCAUGAUACACAGAUUGGUACCCAAGCGUACAUAAGGGUAUACCGUGGUAAAGUUAGUGUCGGCGAUGUAGUAUACAAUCCAAGGACGAAAAAGGCAAACAAGGUACAGAAGCUAUUGUUCAUCCAUUCAAACGAAAGGAAACACCUAAAAACGGCACACGCUGGAGAUAUUGUCUCACUAGUUGGUGUCAAGGAUGUGAUAACCGGUGAUACACUGUGCAAUGAAAAGGACCAAGUCCUACUUGAGUCCAUGGAGUUCCCAGAUCCAGUUAUCAGCCUAAAGGUUGAGCCGGUGGAUGGAAACGAACUGGAACGUAUGUGCGAUGUGUUCCGAAAGUUCAUGAAGGAGGACCCAGCAUUCAGGAUGCAUAUGAAACCUGAGACACAGGAAACUAUCAUCAGUGGUAUGGGAGAACUGCAUCUGGACAUUAUAGUAGACCGUAUGCGGAGAGAGUACAAUCUGCCCGUUAACACAGGUUCGCCGCAGGUUGAGUUCAAGGAAACAUUUGUGCAACCUGCACACGCAGAAGGAAGGUAUGUACGUCAGUCUGGAGGUCGUGGACAAUACGGACAUGUGAAGAUCUACAUAGAGCCAUUGGAGCAGGGCAGUGGUGUCCAGUUCCAAAACAGCAUUACAUGUGGAGCUAUCCCACAGGAGUUCAUACCAGCAGUAGAAAAGGGAGCACGACAGCAGCUCAUGGAGGGGUUGCUGGCUCAUUACCCUGUGACAGAUGUCCGAGUCACGCUCCUCGACGGAACGUUUCACAUAGUCGAUAGUUCCGAGUUCGCAUUCCACACUGCCACGACUAUGGCAGUUCGUGAUGCUGCACGUGAAGGAGGUAUCAAGCUUUUGGAACCCAUAAUGAAGGUAAAUGUAGUAUGCCCAUUGGCAAACUUCAACACGGUACGUGGUGACCUCUUGCGCCGCCGUGGUCAGGUGCAGACGAUACGUGACGGUUUUGGUGGCGUAAAGGAGAUUACGGCAACAGUUCCGCUACAGGAAAUGAAAGGGUAUAUAACAGAGCUGCGUUCUAUGAGUCAGGGGCGAGGGUUCUACACAAUGGAAAUGUCACAUUAUCACUCAGUGCCACCAGUGGUACAAGAAAAGAUUGUGAGCUCUAACCUGAAACCUAACAAGUAG